AAAAGCCUCACUUGAUCACUUGUCAAAGUUGCAGGCUUGACUCUUGAGCUAGCCAAGGAAAAGACUCAGCUAACCAGCUACCUUUUUGUCCCGAAGUGGUAUUACGUAGAAUAAUCCAUCAAGAAAAGCUAUACCCAGAAGUUAGUCAUCACUCACCUGAUAAGUCACAAGCAAGUAAGAAGGAAAAGAGGAUUAAAAGGUAAACUCAAAAGAGCCUAUAAGAUAAUUGAAACAACCAAAAAAAAUCUCUAUAAGAAUAAAACUCUCAAUUUAGAAAGACAUCCUAUUAUUCUCUGUAUCCAUACGUCUGUUGUUUCCCCAACCAGCACGCCUAUGGCAUUGGCUACUCCUGUGAAGAGCAACAGCAGAAUGUCCGUUGCCAUGGAGAGGACGGGCCAGUGGGUUUUCUCCCAAGAGAUACCGACUGAUGUUGUAGUUGAAGUUGGUGAAGCCAAUUUCAAUCUUCAUAAGUUCAUGCUGGUGGCAAAGAGCAAUUACGUAAGAAAGCUGAUAAUGGAAACAAAAGAAUUAGACUUGACAAGAAUCAACGUGUCCGACAUCCCCGGAGGCCCUGAGAUCUUCGAGAAGGCAGCAAAAUUCUGCUAUGGUGUCAAUUUUGAUAUUACAGUCCAUAACGUUGCAGCUCUUCGAUGCGCUGCUGAGUAUCUCCAAAUGACGGACAAAUGCUGCGAAAGCAACCUGGCAGGGCGCACUGAAGAUUUCCUCUCCCAAGUUGCCCUGUCUAGCCUCUCUGGCGCCGUUGUCGUCCUUAAAUCAUGCGAAGAUCUGCUUCCUAUGGCAGAGGAGCUUAAGAUUGUUCAAAGAUGCAUUGAUGUUGCGAGUGCCAGGGCUUGUAGCGAGGUCAAUUUCCCAUGCCGUACGCAUCCGAACUGGUGGACCGAAGGGCUAUCGAUCCUCGACGUUGAGUUGUUUGGCAGAAUCAUUGGCGCAAUGAAACAACGGGGCGCAAAAGCUCUAACCCUAGCUAGCGCUCUCAUAACUUACGCAGAGAGAUGGCUUCGAGAUAUUGUACGCGAUCACUCAGGCAACGGCAUCAAGUGCUCCGAUCAUACCGACUCUGAUCUUCGAAUCCAACAGCGUGAACUUUUGGAGUCUAUAGUGACGCUGUUACCCGCGGAGAAAGCUGCUUUUCCAAUCCACUUCUUGUGUUGCCUUCUCCGCUGUGCAAUUUUCCUGAAAGCCUCCAGUGCUUGCAGGAACGAGCAGGAGAAACGAAUCUCCGUGAUCUUGGAGCAUGUCAUGGUUGAUGAUCUUUUGGUCUUGUCUUUCACAUAUGAUGGGGAGAGGCUGCUCGAUCUGGAUAGCGUCAGGAGGAUCAUCUCUGGAUUCGUGGAGAAGGAGAAGAGCAUGGCUGUUUUUAACGGCGGCGAUUUUAGGGAGGUAAGUUCCUCAGCGAUGCAGAGAGUUGCAAAGACUAUAGACGCAUAUCUAGCGGAGAUAGCAACCAUCGCUGAACCCACCAUCUCCAUGUUCAACGGGAUCGCCAAUCUCGUCCCUAAAGGAGCCAGAAAGGUGGAGGAUGAUCUCUACCGGGCCAUUGACAUCUAUCUCAAGGCUCACCCAAAUCUGGAUGAGAUAGAUAGAGAGAAGGUAUGCAGCUCCAUGGAUCCCCUGAAGCUGUCUUACGAAGCUCGACUUCAUGCUACCCAAAACAAGCGCUUGCCCAUGCAGAUCGUUUUGCACGCUUUGUACUAUGACCAGCUGAAGAUAAGGAGUAGUGGUGUGGAUGUUCGCAACGCGCCCGAUGCCGCCCCGACAAGGAAACAGUUGGAGGCAGACGUGUCGCUCGCAAAGGAGAACAAGGCCUUGCGAUUCGAGCUUAUGAAGAUGAAGAUGUAAGACUUGCAGAAGAAUAAUCAAGCUGGAACUUGUUCAAAGAGAAUAGGGACCAGAAAGCCUACCUUCUUCUCGUCCAUGUCCAAGACUCUGGGCAAGCGAAACCCCUUUAGACAUGAUUCCAAGGACACUUCUCAUAUAGUUGAUAGCCUUGGAAUGGACGUUACCAAGCCUUGGAAUGGACGUUACCAAGCCUAGGAGGCGAAGGUUUUCAAUCUCUUAAUUAAUUGAUUAGCUCUUGCUUAAUUAGUUAGAGGUGGCUUGUGAUGACUCUUAUUUAUAAUAAUUUCUGUAUUUGUGAUGAAACAAUCCACAAUAUUUCUUAAUUUUAUAGGCUGAUGAGUUUGUGUAUUUGUCAAACAAGUAGUUGUUUCAUAAUAGAUCAACGAUGAGUUGCACGAAAAUUUCACAACGUUUUUCUUUCUGGUGAAUAAAAACUUCGGAAGCCAAUGUGCAGCUAAUUCCUCAAUUAUCUUGAUAGCACUAAUGAGUGAUCCAACGGUUUUAAUUAAUUACAAAGAAAAAUGAAAUUAAUUUUGACAAAUCAGCUUUGUAUUGUAGUAGUAACACAACAAGGAAAAGUGAGAAUUUUAUCAACCCAGAAAAGUAUUUUGGAUUGUCGUCUAUGGUUGUGAGAGAUGGAAAGCAUGUCUUUAGAGAGCUGAAGCUAGCAUUGAAACACGAAGGAAGUGGUGGAA